CUUCCAUUUUAACGCUUCCCACCUCUCCUUCUCCACUUCAAUCACCACCUGUCGAUAAUGAGUACGAAAAUCAUACCUGCACGCGGCGGCGCUCAAAGUAAACCGCCUUUGGGUGGCCUCCCUAAUCAAACUUUAUAUUGUACAAAUCUACCGGACAAACUUCGGAAACAUGAUUUGCGACUGUCCCUCUACAUGCUUUUCUCCACCUACGGCACUGUUCUAGAUGUUGUCGCGAUGAAAACCGAGAAAAUGCGUGGCCAGGCUCAUAUUGUGUUCAAGGAUGUCCAAGCUAGUACGCAAGCUAUGCGCGCUCUUCAGGGGUUCGAGUUCUUUGGCAAACAAAUGAAAAUUAUGUAUGCCAAAGGCGCCUCAGAUGUUAUCGCUAGACUUCGUGGAACCUAUAACCUGUCGGUCACUACCUCCGGUGGGCAAGCUGUGGCGGCGUCUACUGAGCUGCAAAAGUCAAUCUUUAGCGGACCUCCUGGGUCAGCAACACUGCCCCCGAAACAUAUCGGGGAGGUCAACGGAGAGGAGCCGACAGCUCACGGGUUAAAAAGGCCGCGUGAGGAAGAAAGUGACGAAGAGGAUGCUCCCAUGGAUGAAGAUAGUGAUGUUCCUAUGGAAGCAUCCUCCGACGAAGACUAAGUCCCCAAAUAGUGCCCCAAGGCAUAUGCGCUCCUGGUCUCUGUUGGUCGACCGAGUUCCGGGGACAUGUCAGUCUAGAAGUGCUCUGAAAGCUGGAUCUGCGAGAUUUCAAGACCUCGAAUUCCCUCGCAUCUCAUCUGUCGCGAAGAAAUCCCU